AUGGCUACAAUUGCACAAUUCAAGCUUUCGAAACAAGGCGGGCUCACUCGUCGCCUGACAUUCCCUGCUCACCCUAGUUGGGCCGCUUUAUCCUCAAAGAUUAAUGAAACAUUCGGUAUUGCGACUGAUAAUAUUGGCGUAUCCUACCUCGACCAAGAUGGGGACGAAGUAACUUUCAGCUCUGAAGAGGAGUUGCAGGACUACUAUAGUACCCUCGGUGACACCAAAUUCAAACUUAUCAGACUUUCGGUACAGGACCUUAGCUCCCUUAGGUCCACUGAUGUAGCACCCCCCCGCAACCAUACCGCACCCCCACAGCACUUCCGUAACACAUUCGGAGAACAGGAUUCGCUGCCUUUCGUUUGGGAGGUCGAUGACGAAUGGCAGCGUCUCCCUGGUAACUUGGGCAGUCUUUUCUUGUCCAGUGACUCUCCGGAGAGUCCACACGCAUUCGUGGAGGUUCUCGAGAGUGACGUCAGUGUCUCCAAGAAGUCUGACAACGCAGACGAAGAAUCUGCCAUUGGAGACACUACCCGCUCAGACGGGACAUUUACUACGCCUACUUUCCGUGCAGACAAGGGCAAGUCGCGCCUCGCGAUGCAGCCUACAGUUGAAGACGAUGCUUCGUCUACCGAUUCGGUUUUCGGCGACGAUGCGCCGCCGCAGCCAAAGGCUCGUGUUUAUGACUCCGACGAAGCUUCCACAUUCGGCGGUAAUGUCAAGUCUCCUGUCUCGGUCAAUGGGACAGUGACUCCCGCUCAGGCGCAGAGUACUCCUGUCAUUUCUGGGCAGGUUCUUCCUGAGGCUGUGCUGAAAUCCACCGAAGAUUCUAACGCACCCAUCGUUGAUGACCCUGCCCUCCCCGCCUCGGGCAGCACAGGGGCAUCGUCUCUCACUCAUGACGUAGCCGUCUUCUUGAACACAGUUUCCGGUAUUGUCUCCUCUCACCCAGAAUUAUCAGAGGGUCUUCGUAACAUCGUUUCCAAUGCCACAAAUGGGACAUACUGGACCGCGCAUCGUGAUGCACUCUCUCGCGCUGCCGAGAAAAUUCAACAGGAAACUGGUAGGACCGUGGAAGAGAUUCAGAAUGCGGAAGAGGAGGCUAGCGCCAGAGUUGCAGACGCCCUUGGUGGAAUUUUCCGUAUCUUCGGCGAAGCCGUCCAAACUGCUAGGACAACAACUGAGCCAUUCCGGUCACCUGCCGCUCAAGAUGUACCUAUAGCCCCAGAAUCUGCACCUGAGCCUCAGUGCUCCCGACCUCGCGAAUUUAUCCCAUAUCCAGGACCUCCUCCUCCAGGUCAUUUCCCGCCUCAUCCUCAUCAUCGUUGGGGCCCUCCCCCUCCGCCGCCGCCUGGUCGCCGUCAUGGGUGGCCCCGACCCCCUCCACCCUUUUGGGGUCUUUCAGGCGGGCGCCAAGAGGAGGUUGGGCCUCCUGCGGCAACCCCAGCCCAUGAGCAGGUGACAGUACCUCUAUCCCCUACUCCUGCAGCCGCGCCUGUGCCCUCUCAGCUUGUUACACCUGCUACACCUCAGGUCCAUAUCGUAAGCAAUGCGAGGGGCGUGUAUCCCCAACUCGAGAUGUUCAGCGUCCCUAGGCGCAGCCACACCAUUGGACACACUGCACACCGUGGCCUCGAGGACCGUUCCAGGCAACGCAUCAUGAAGAAAUUGUCUGAGAUGGGUUUCACUGAGGGCACGUAUCCGAAAUUGAACACCAAGGUAUUGGAACAGAUGGUCGCCCAUCCUCCCACCACCAAAGACAUCGAAGAUGAUAUUGUGACCAACUUGAUUGAGGAGCUUAUUCCUUCCGCUUUUACACCUCAGGCUAGCAGCUCUAGGGAGCCUAUCCCUGGCGCUUGGGCCUAG